GGAAGCGCAGUCGUGUUCUCGAACCGGCAUCUUUAAUGAUUGUUCAAUACUGAGUCCAGUACUUGUAUUUAAGUAGUUAGACGCGUUGUUUUGCUUUAAGGAUGUUAUAUUUAAGUGGUCUUUCGGUGGCACUGGCCCUGACGUUGAUGCCGAGCAGCAGUGAUGCUUUGAAAGCGGGAGAUUGUGAAGUUUGUGUGGGAUUCCUGGAACGCUUCUACCAGUCACUUCCUGUCAACGAUGUCAAAUUCAACAGUGAAGCCAUUGAAAAUGCUCUUCUAAAAGCUUGCAAAGAAGCCAAAGGGAAAGAAAACCGCUUUUGUUAUUAUAUAGGUGCAACAAGUGAUGCAGCUACAAAAAUAAUCAAUGAAGUUUCCAAACCGAUGAGUUACCAUAUGCCAGCAGACAAGAUCUGUGAAAAGCUGAAAAAGAAGGACAGUCAAAUCUGUGAACUGAAAUAUGAUAAACAAGUUGACUUGAGCUCCGUCGACCUGAAGAAGCUGAAAGUAAAGGAUCUAAAGAAGAUUUUGGAGGAAUGGGGAGAAUCCUGUAAAGGAUGUGUGGAGAAAUCUGACUUCAUUCGCAAAAUCAAUGAGCUAAUGCCCAAGUAUGCACCCAACGCAGCCAAGGCACGGACAGAUCUGUAAACUCAGGUGGAAUUAUGGGACCCAGGUAGUGGCCAGAGGCAUUUGGGGUGGAAGAUUUGCACCGUGCUGCUGACCGACCACCUAGCAGUGGGGUUCGCAUUGUGUUGUCACUUUACCAUGUACUCCGGGGUAAACACUUCCAUGCAAAUACAUGACCUUUAAUUUAUGACAUGCAAGCUAGUUUUGACUAACAUCCACCGCAACCUGUGCUUGCCUCCUGAUGCUCCGGGUAAUAUUUUUGACACACUUUGCAUAGUUUGAUUAUGUAUUUUUCUUUUUGAGGGUAUAGGCUUUCUUUGUUGACUCGAAUUAUAUGAAAUAGCUGGGGGAGAGUCUCACCUUUGAAAUAUUGGGUCAUUUUGAUGAACUUUGCUGUAAAAUGUGUUUAUUACAGUUAUACUGUCUUUUUCAUUAAAAGAAGAAAACA